AAACCACCCAAUUUUCCUAUCUUCAUUUCUCCUUUUUUUUCUUCACCAAAAAAAAAAAAUAAAGAAAAAAAAAAAUUGGGUGUGCUUUUUCCUAUUAACAAAUUCUAAAAAAUGAACUCGAUGGGGUCAGAUAGGUUUAGAAAAGCAAUCGGAAAAGUAAAGGAUCACACUAGGAUUAGCCUCGCCAGAGUUAGCAGCAGCACCGACUUACCGGAACUCGAGGUCGCAAUCGUGAAAGCGACCCGUCACGCGGAGUAUCCGGCGGAAGACCGCCACAUACGAGAAAUCAUAACCCUAACAAACGACUCACAAAUCCACGUCGCCUUAUGUGUCAGCUUGAUCUCAGGUCGACUCGAAAAGACCCGAAACUGGAUCGUAGCCCUAAAAGUACUCAUCCUCAUUCAACGCCUUCUUCAAGAUGGAGAUCGGGCGUACGAACGAGAGAUUUUCUACGCCACGAGACGCGGCACGCGGUUGUUAAACAUGUCGGAUUUCCGAGACAUGUCGAGAACCAAUUCUUGGGAUUUCUCAGCGUUUAUUCGGACCUACUCGUUGUAUCUCGAUGAAUAUCUCGAGUAUCGGAUGCAAGGGGGCCGAGAAAAGCAUGACGAUGAGCCGGAGCCGGAGCCGGUGACUCUAAAAUCUCCGGUACAUGGAAAGAUGAAGGAUAACCUAUUUUCUCGACUACAACAUCUGAUGCAACUCCUUGAGCGAUUUCUCGCUUGUCGCCCUACAGGUCCCGCGAGGAAUCACAGGAUUGUGAUGGUGGCUUUGUACCCGAUUGUGAAACAGAGCAUUUAUAUGUAUUACGACAUGACCGAUGCCCUGAGUAUUCUGAUAAGUCAGUUUAGAGAGCUUGAGAUUUCAGAUUCCGUCAAGGUUUACGAGUUUUUGAGACGAGUAAGAAAGCAGUUCGACGAGCUUGACAACUUUUACGAUUAUUGCAAAUCUAUCGGCCUUGCAAGGACGUCGGAGUAUCCAGAAGUCGCUAAAAUUUCACAAAAGCGAUUAGAUAUCAUGGAUAAGUUCAUCAGAGAAAAAUCCGGAACGAGUCAGUACCAGACGGAAGAAGAAUCAGAAUCUGAGGAAGAAGAAGCUAGGUCGCCGGAGCCGGACAAGAAAGAAGGGAAACUGAGUCAGGACGAUGUGUUGAACUUGGGAGACGGUGGUCAGACGGUGGAAGAGUACGCUGAUAAAGUUGGAUUAGCUUUCUAUGACGGUGGUCCGGCGAACCACCAGCCAUCUCAACCUGGCGGUUUCAGUCCAGAGGUUAUCGAUGAUAUGUAUCAACAAGCAAGGCAAAAGUCCGGGAACAUAGCUGCCGGAAAUGCCAGUAGUGUCGCCGGAUAGCCAUUGAUUGGCGGAGAUGACCCGUUCUCAGCCUCGAUUCCGGUGGCGGCACCACUGUAGAUGGCGGAGAUGGAGAAGAAGCAGAUGAUGUGGCAGCAAUAUCAAAAAGAUGGAUUGCAAGAACGUAGGUAACACAAACACACACACAAACACAAACACACCUUUAAGUGAAGUAGGUUUGAUACACAGUGUAGUGAAAAAGGUUAU